GGGACAUGAAGGAAUUAUAAAGUUACUCCCAACUUAAAAUAUUAUAAUGUCAGUGAAAGAAAAAAGUGCUUACGAGACGAAACUACCUUAAGAACUUAACAGAAUGAAGUGAACUCAAAUAAGGACGCGCAAACCUUAAGAAAACCAGCAGACCUGAUCGGUUCCGCUUAGGAAGUCACCCUUCCAUUAGGCCACAGGAGUAAUGCACUAGCAUUUAGGUUCAGCGAGUGAACACAUCCGGGGAAAAUAUACGCUUAAAAUGGAAUCUCCAAAAAUUGUUUACAAAUAUUAUUCCAACCCAGCCUUUUGUGCCCAGAGUGAGGUGGUGUUUCAAAAAUCAUGCGUAACAAAAAUCGUUUCGCCGAACAAGAGGAUGCCGCCCCUGGGAGCGAACUCACCCAGGAAGGUGGAAAAUAGGAUUCUAAGGACGGACAUCUCGGACAAUCCGCUGCGGAUGUCGCCGGCGGGCAGGUACCACAGGGACGAGCCGCCCGAGCUCCCGCCGAAGCCCGCCAAAUACCAGAACCAGUUCCAGAGACAGUCGUCCAUGAUCUGCAAACCGACGCGGACCAUCGUCCGGUGCAGGACCAGGAGCGAGGACCUCGAGAUGGCUCAGAUCAGACAGAAGCGACAAACCAGGUACGACAGAAACGCGGAGAGCGACGACGGCUUAGAAGACUCCAGGAGACACAGAUACGAAGUCAUAGACUACGACGACGAGAUGGAUUAUUCGCCGACGAAGAAGAGAAUAGUGGAGGCCGACGAGAGCGAGGUCGAGGAAUACAACGUGGACGGCCCCGACGAGCACGAGCUGAAGGAAAUACCGACGGAAAUUGUCAAAACCGUCAACGGCAAGGUGCACAGAUACGCGAUAGUUCCCUCCGACGACGAGGAGAAGAAAGUGACGUUCACCUCGCCCACGAUGUCCAAGAAGAAUCUGAUUGCCACUCAGAAGCUUCACGAGCUGCUCUCGACGCCCAGGAAACUGAAAAGCUACGCGAGUCAGCCCUCAGUCCGAAUAACACCAAACAAAGCCGAGAGUCCGCGGUACCCCGAUACGCCCAUGAAGAUCAUCUCCAGCACACCGACUAACGUCACGCCUUCAAAAUCCUGUGCGAACUUGUCAAUGAUGAGAGGAACCACGUCGCCCAUAUCACCGAAGGCGCAACAGAAACUGAACUACGGAUUACCUGAACUGGAAAGGGACGUGUUUGUGACGAGUCCAAGGGAGAAAAGAGAAAGAAGCUUCGAAAUGGACAGAAGUGAUUUAAGUAGAGACAGAAGUUUCAAAAAGAAACCUAUCGGCAGACCAGACGCGAAAACUACAGCAGUAAUUAUGCCUAGGGUAGCACCACAAUCACCGUCAGUAUACUCGGAAGACACAUACAAGUCCAUCUCCAGCCUGAAGACCGCUGGCAGUGCGGCGGCGUCGCUGACCAUCGCUGCUCUGAUGCUGACUCUCUGUGGCGGUCUAACGUCGUGCCUCAGCUUCUACAUGAUGUAUAGCGUGGGAAGACGGUACUAUCUGGACUUCGGAGCUCUCGCCGGCUUCACGUGCUUUCUGCUAGGCCUUCUGGGUCUGAGGUCGAGAAGAAACCAGCUUCUGCCAAACAGAAAUUACAUUUCAGGCUACAUCGUCCUCUCAUCAUUUUCGCUGCUAAGCGCGUUUGGUCUGCUCCUCCUCUUGUCGGUGGAACCGAAGCCGGGGACAGCAAUGAACGACAUCACCUCCGGAGCGGUCUGCAGCAUCAGCAUACUGUCCCUAGCCCUGGCAUCAGUGGGCAUCCUGGCUUCGUACUGCUGCGCUCGAGACCCACCAGAUAAUAGAGUCGGUACCGCUAGAUAUAAAAUGGCUGACUAUCAUAUAAGGGAAGCAGCGGAGACCCUCCUCAGUAGUGUGUCUAGCCCUCCAUAUAGAAAUUUUAGUCACUCCCAAUCGGUGAAUCUGGUGUCAGAAGACCUGGUCGCCGGCCACCGGCCCCAGGGCAACAUGUCCUCAAUCCGUCGCUUCUUCUGUCUGUUUGUAACGUUUGAUCUGCUCUUCACGAGUCUCAUGUGGCUCAUAUGUGUUGUGAUGAAAGGUGAUACACUAGUCCAGAUCUUUGAUAAAGAAAUUGUACAUUAUGAUGUAAAAGUGUCCUUGUUUGACAUAGUGAUAGCAGCUGUCCUUAGGUUCCUAGUGCUUCUAUUGUUCUAUGCAAUUUUGUACAUUAACAACUGGAUUGUUAUUGCGAUCUCCACAUCAUUUACUUGUGCCUUUUUAAUUGGCAAGGUUUUUGUGUAUGAUUGGCCCGAUGCAUCACAGCCGGUGUUCCAAGUAUUUUUAAUAUUGACUUCGUUCACUCUGUCGUGGGUGGAGGCGUGGUUUCUGGACUUCCGGGUGCUACCACAAGAGUUGCAGGCCAAACAGAUCAUUGAGGCCAUUGUCCACCACGGCGCUACGGAACGAACUCCGCUGCUAGGCGGUCCCACCAACAGACACCUCCGGCCCCAGUCCACUCACGGAGAGUCCACAGUCAACUGGUUCUCGCCCGUGGAGACUCCGGAGUCCAGCCCCAGACCGAGGAAAGCCGGGGAACAAGUCAUACUGACUCAGGACCAGAUAGACGAGUACACGCAGAUGGCCGAGAAGAGCAUGGAGAACGCGUUCCGCACCAUCCACCUGGGCGGCUGGAAGCUGGAGAAGCGCGGCAGCCACAAGGGCGACAUGGUCGAGUCCGUCCACACCGACGAGUUCGGCAAGGUGUACCGACUCACGGCUCUGAUAGACUGUCCAGCCAAGUUCAUGUACGAGGAGCUCAAGAACAACCUAACCAAACUGCCCGAGUGGAACCCCACCAUACUCAAGAGCGAGAUGAUUAAGGAGGUGGGUCCCGGCAUCGACCUGUCGUACCAGGUGACGGCGGGCGGCGGCCGCGGCAUUAUCGCGGCGCGCGACUUCGUCAUACUGCGGCGGAACGCGGCGCUCGGCCGCGACGGCCGCCCCACCGACGACGAGCCGUACGGCUAUAUAGCCAGCGGCGUCAGCGUCGCCGUGCCCGGGUACCCGCCCUUCCGCGAUUACGUCAGAGGUCACAACAAGGUGGGGUGCUGGUUCCUGCGGCCCAAGAUGGUGGACGUGGGCGACAAGAUGGAGGAGAAGAGCAUCUUCCAGUGGCUCAUGUGCUGCGACCUUAAAGGUAAAAUCCCUCAGUUCGUGUUGGACGCGGCGUUCGCGACAGUGAUGUUGGACUACAUCGUGCACGUGCGGAAGUUUGUCGCCGAGAGCCGGGCCAAGGGCUUGAUAUAGACUUGUAUAAUAUGCACUGCCCGGUCAAUGCUCAUUGACCUUUGACAAUAGUACCCUUAGUGCUUAGCCAAAAUGAAUUCGUCAGUUUCGAUAGCCAUGUUAGAUAUCAAAAAUGUAUGGGAUUUUACAUAACGCAUCUCUAAGGGUCACUUUAGACCGCAACGCAACGCGUAGAUGCAUUUCUAAAUUUGUACUGAGUUGACAGAUUUCGGGAGCGUGAGAGGUCUCGCAAAUCUGUCAAAUCCAUACAAAAGAAAUGCAUCUACGCGUCGCGUUGCAGUCUGAAUUAACCCUUAGGCUUGGUUCACACAGCACAAUCCUCCACGUUUCCUGCACGAUUUUUUGCAGUAUACGUUUUACAAUGUAUUAUGUUCUAUAUACAUUGUAUGCUCCACUAUUUACACACACUUCGCUUUCAUGCGUCGAUUGUACUGCAACAAAUCGUGUACCUACAAAUCACUACACGCCAUCACCAAACGAAU